GAUAGUGAGAGAUAAUGGAAGGUGGUUCCAAUAGCACUUCUUGCAUAAUGGCUUUUGGAGACAAUGGUAAUGGAUUGUGUCCUAUGUCGAUGAUGCAUCAUCCCAUGACUUCUCAUCAUCAUCAUCAUAAUACAGACUCAUCAGGAUCCUUAUUUCUUCCUCUACCUCUCACUAACAAUCAAGACCAUAACCACAAUAGCAGCAGUGCUUCCUCUUUGAUUAUAGACGAUCAUCAAAACAACAACAGCAACACUGGAUGUUAUUUCAUGGAGUUCAACAACGUUGCCAGCUCUUCUAUUAAGGCAAAGAUCAUGGCUCAUCCUCACUACCAUCGUCUCUUGGUCGCCUAUGUUAAUUGCCAAAAGGUAGGAGCGCCGCCUGAAGUGGUUGCGAGGUUGGAAGAAGCAUGCGCGUCCGCAGCUAUGGGUCCUGCAAGGAGCAGCUGCAUAGGCGAGGAUCCAGCACUUGACCAGUUCAUGGAGGCUUAUUGUGAGAUGCUGAUUAAAUACGAGCAAGAGCUCUCUAAACCCUUCAAGGAAGCCGUGCUUUUUCUACAAAGGGUUGAGUGUCAGUUCAAAACCCUCACAGUUUCCUCUCCAAUUUCUGCCUGUGGAGAGGGUAUUGACAGAAAUGUACCAUCUGAGGAAGACGUCGAUGUGCACAACAAUUCCAUCGAUCCCCACGCCGAAGACCGAGAACUCAAAGGCCAACUUUUGCGGAAAUACAGCGGAUAUCUAGGCAGUCUGAAACAGGAGUUCAUGAAAAAGAGGAAGAAAGGGAAGUUGCCUAAGGAAGCAAGGCAACAGCUGCUGGACUGGUGGAGUCGACAUUACAAAUGGCCUUACCCAUCUGAGUCGCAAAAGCUUGCCUUGGCCGAGUCGACCGGUCUGGAUCAGAAGCAGAUAAACAACUGGUUCAUCAACCAAAGGAAAAGGCACUGGAAACCAUCGGAAGAUAUGCAGUUUGUGGUAAUGGAUGCCACGCAUCCGCACUAUUAUAUGGACAAUGUGUUGGCCAAUCCCUUUUCUAUGGAUCUCUCCCAGAUUCUUCUGUGAAAGAUAAAAAAUA